AUCGCUUUUUUAUAUUAGAGAUCAAAGACCACAGGUAUUCGUAGUUUAUUCUUGUAUUUAAAACUGUCUUAAUUAAUUAAGUAAUGUCUCAAGAUGCUAAUUGAUUCUGUGAUGGGCUUAUGACAUCUUAAGACCGUCUUAAAUACAGAAGAAUCGAUUUGUAAAUAUGCCGGCCAAAAAAAUCUCACGACGCGCUAAACACACGUGCACAUUUAAUAAAGAUGUAAUUGCGACAGAUGGGAUAAUUUGUUGUGAAACGAACAAUAAGAAACUACCUUGAAAGAAUUGCGAGAGAACGAUCAACGAGAGGCAAAGAGUUAUAUAUGCGCAUUAUGUAUUGAUCGAAGAUGUUGCACAUGUCCUUGCCAAGUGACAUCAUCGUACUAAAUAAGGAUUUGCCCAAUGCGAUGAACGCGUCGUGGGCACUGCCUACGGUCGCGAGACAAUCCCAUAAUGAUGCACCGUUUUGCAAUCUUUAUGCGCAGGCAGCAUUUAAAGGAACGCCACACCUUACGCUAAAUUUAUAUUCAAUCACGAAGGACUAAAGCAUUUUUGUUGCAGGUUGACGGUGUAAAUGAUGCGUAUGACGCACAAUUUUCUUUUAAAAUAUGCAAUAUAUUUUAAGUAAGAAUGGAAACGGAUACGUUUCUACGUUGAUGCAUCCGUGCAGAAUGAGCUGAAGAAGCUUUAUUAAUUAGUUACUUGUCUUUGACUCCUUGUGCACAAGUCGACGACUGAUACUUCAAAAUGCAUACUUCGAAAUAUGCUGGAUAUCACAUUAACGGAAAUCGUGAUUACAUUACAGAUGGUGAAGAGAGCCAUAGAGCUCCUUCGGACCGUACCAUGUCCGAGUAUAUCGUUGCUAACGAGCAUACCACUAUGGUAAAACCUACAAGAAAGAAUCCCGCGGACAAGUACGACAGAGAAGAAGACAGAAGAUCCAGAAGUGCGCACAACACUCGCGACUCGGUCCUGUCCGGAUCUUCGAAGCAUAGUUUGCAUCCGCUUCGCAAAAGUGCCUCGCAUGGCAGUAUUUGUGACAAUGGUUCAGAUAUAUAUGUCACCAGUGCUGCAUAUAGAGCUACUUCCGACAUAAGUCGGGUAUCACGCCGUAGUCUCGCACCAAGCUCCAGAUUGGACCACAGAGCGCCUAGUCAUUAUAGCUACGGUUCCGGCAGGUCAGGCACUUCGACAGUGAAAACUCGUACGUCACGAAAAGGCGGUAUUAUUGUGGAAACUAUGUCAACGCCUAAUCCAUUUUGCCCAAACACUAAGGGCGUCUGCUGCCUCAUGUUACUUCUCAAUCUUGGUUUGAUUCUAGUUACUUUAGGUUUCGUUAUCGUCAUACAAUUUUUCCAGCCGUUAGUCGUUUGGAUCUUGGGAAUAGUAUUUCUUGUGUUUGGAUUUUUGACACUGAUCGGUAGUCUCGUGUAUUGCGUACAUGUGUUCAAAAAUGCCAGACAUCCACAAGAUAUCAAUCCAGAAGAUCUAUACUGGACCCAUUACUGGCAAGGUCGUGUUGGUUCUACAGCACCUGAAGUUUAUUAUAAAGCCGAAGACAAAUAUCAGGAUGAUAACUAUAGCGAUCGAUACAGCAAAUACUCGGGAAAGUAUUAUGACAGGCAAAAUCAAAGAUAUUAAUAUUUUGGAAUAUAAAGAAUAGUAUCGAUCAUUAAUUAAAGUACCAAUUCACAUACAUUCUACCAACUCGUAAGAUUUGGAAAAACCAAUGACGAAUAAAAAACUAAUCUCAGUGCAAUAAAAUAUACUUAUGUAUACUUGUGCAUAGAUAUUGUACUAACAUUAUUUUUCCUUUUCCAGAAAAUACAAAUUGU